UUCUAACCCAAGGAGGUAGAUUGGGGACGGGAUCAAACAACAAACAAGGGGAGGAGUUACCGGAGCUCUUGGUUCAAAGUCUUCGGGUGGUGGCAGAAAACGAGAGGAGCGUGUUGCUGCAAGCGAGAUACCACAAUCGCCCCUGCGACCCGUUUUAUUCGUCGGUCCCCUGAGCAAUGGCUUCCACGGACCGUGAAGCACUGGUUGCCCUGUUUCGUUCGACCGGCGGGGCUGGAUGGAGGCAGAGAGGCAACUGGGACACAGAUGCUGCCAUAGCGACAUGGCAUGGAGUCGAAGUCAACGCCCAGGGCCGGGUGGUAAAUCUUUCCCUGGGAGGAAACAGCCUCCGAGGCCACAUCCCACCUGAGCUAGGGGCUCUCAGCGAGCUGCAGGAGCUGUGGCUCAACCACAACAAGCUCACAGGACCCAUCCCCAAGGAGCUGGGAGCACUUAGUAGGCUGGAGACGCUUUGGCUCGACGACAACAACCUCACAGGCCCCAUCCCAUCGGAGCUUGGGCACCUUUCAGCACUGAAGAAGCUCUACCUUUCCCGCAACCAGCUAAGCGGGCCUAUCUCGUCGGAGCUGGGCAAGCUCACAGCGCUCGUCCUUCUCAACCUGUCGAACAACCAGCUGUCCGGCCACAUCCCGCGGCAGCUAGGAGAUCUUGGCGCCCUCAAGACCCUCGACCUCAGCUACAACAAGCUAGAGGGUCCCAUUCCGCCGGCGCUAGGAAAGCUCGCAGCGCUUCGAGAGCUAAACCUCGGCGAGAACCAGCUAAGCGGUCCCAUCCCUGUGGAGCUUGGACGGCUCGCCGUACUGGAGUACCUCAGCCUUAGGGGGAACGAGCUAACUGGACCCAUCCCCAAGGAGCUGGGAGCACUUCGUAGGCUGGAGACGCUUUGGCUCAACGACAACAGCCUCACAGGACCCAUCCCCAAGGAGUUGGGAGCACUUAGUAGGCUGGAGAUGCUUUGGCUCAACGACAACAGCCUCACAGGGCGCAUCCCGCCGGAGCUGGGAGCUCUCAGCGAGCUGCAGGUGCUGGCCCUCCACAACAACAAGCUGACAGGCCAUAUCCCGCCGCAGCUAGGAAAUCUUGGCGCCCUGCAAGACCUCUACCUCAGCCGCAACAAGUUAGAUGGGCCUAUCCCAUCGGAGCUGGGGCACCUUUCAGCACUGAAGGAGCUCAUCCUUUACGGCAACCAGCUAAGCGGACUCAUUCCCAAGGAGCUGGGAGCGCUGAGUAAGCUGGAAAAGCUUUUGAUCGCAAGAAACCGGCUUACAGGACUAUGGCACACACUCGGACAGGACCAGACUGGUUCAAUGGCAGCCCGGCCAGGUACGCUUCCGGUGGAUUUAGCCCGUCUUCUGGACGUGUUUGACGGGCUUCGAAGUUUGGACCUUUCCCGAAACCCGUGGGAGCACCCUCCCGAGGCGAUCGUGGCGGGUGGCGUGCAGGCGGUGAGGGGCUACUACGAAGCCAUGUUCAAGGGCGGAACUACCGCUGUGACCCGACCGCUUAAAGUCGUCAUCAUUGGAAAGGAGACUGUUGGCAAAACAAGUUUGCGGCGCAGCAUCACGACCGGGGGGCCGUGUAUGACACAAAACGGUGGUGUGGAAAGCACUGUCCACGUGGAUGUCGAAGACCACAAAGUCGAUGGUCAUCCAAUUCGGAUAUUUGAUUGUGCCGGUCAGGUUGUCUACUACGGACUGCUCCAGCUAUUUCUCACCCCUCGUGCCGUGUACCUGUUGGUAUGGGAUGCGGCGAAAGCCAGCGAGAUGGAUGGCUUGAACCUUGAAGACCUUGCCAUUGCCCCCUGGCUACGUUACUUGACUUUCCGUGUGCCGAAUGCAAACGUGAUCCUUGUGGGGAACAAGUGGGACCGCGUGGUAAGGACCAGGGGUACAGUAGCGGAUGACGUAGAAUGCGAGAGCCGCCGAUGGCUGAAGUCCUGGAUGGAGAAAGCACAUGGACAUCAACCCCACGGACUUUCGUUGGAAGAUGGCGUCAGCCUUGUGAGCUGCGCGCAGUCUUGCCUAGGCGUCUCGGCACCAGCGUUCGGUGGGGGAACAGGCUGGCCCUGCGACAAGAGCACCCCGGGGCUUUUUCAUCGCAUGAUAUACGAUCCUGUCGAUGACAAGAGGACUGUUACCAUGCAUCUUCCGCCGAGCUACCGACUCGCCCUUGAGAUGCUUGAGGAGCUGGCCUCUUCCAGUAGGCGCAAGGCCGAACAACGAACCCGGGGCAUCACAAGAGCGGAUUUGGAGGAAAAGUGGCACGCCAAGGUGGCUGAGCUGAACGGAGCCGGCACGCCGGUAGCCGCCCCAGAAGCGGCAAUGCCUGGUGCGAUCUUGAUCAGGAAGUGGGAGGGAGGGCUGGUGGAAUACGGCAACUACGUCUUCCUCGACGUCGAGUGGUUUGCCACAGUUCUGGACCCUUUGUUUAGUCACAGGCGAGAUUCAUACGGCGACAUUGAUCUGGGUGGUAUUCGGGUGACCAACCUUGCAAGCUUGCGCCGGCUGGACAACGAACAUGUUUUCGAGCCGCAACUCGCUGAGGAACUGUGGACUCCAGAGCUCGCACCACACCUUCUCCUGGCGUUGAAGAGCGCAGGGCUGACGUUUCCCUUACCGAACGACCCCAAUGGGGGCUUGGUGAUCCUUUUGCGCAUGGACACAACGCGCCCACCUGAGUAUAGUAUCAGGCGCGAGGAAGCAAACCAAGCGAGGAAGUACGACCUCACGCUUUCUGUGGCAUGCUCGUUCAGUCUUGGUUUGCCCCCUGGUUUUGUCGAGCGUCUCCUAGCGCGGUGCUGCCACUUGGGCUAUCCUUACCCCUUCUGGCGAUACGGGGCUUUGAUAGUGGGGAACGGUGCGGAAAAGGGGUUGUUCUCGCUGAGUUUAGACUACUCUGAGCACGACAACAUGCUGAAAGUGGAGGUUCUCGGAGGAGGUGAGGAGGUCCAUGCGUGGGCGGCCCUGUCGAAAGUCCUCUCCGUCAUGAUCAAGAUGCUCUCGGAGUUCCCUGGUUUACCGUGCGAGCCGAUCUUUUUCUGCCCACAGCACAAGACCAAGGGCAUGCCGAUCAGGACGACAGAUGCACCGCCUGGAUCUGGCCUGGUCGAAAAGGGUUACUUUUGUCCACUCUGCCAGGACCCUACGGCGGGCAAUAACCUUCUAGCAGCUGCUCUUCAGGUUGUGGAAUUCUCGGAUGAGGAGUUCUUCGAUGAACCACUCCGUCAGAAGUUUGCCGAGAAUGCAGAGAAGGUGGCUCGUAAGGGUUGUGCUUCACAGCAAGGAAGCCAUUUCGAGGGCGGGGUUUCGGGUUCGACCUCUUCCGACAUCAGUCCGAGCAGCCGAGCACCUGCACCGACCAGGUCUAGCAACCAAGCACCUGCGCAGACCGGUUCGAGCAGCCAAGCACCUACACAGAGCAGCCCGACGGGCCAGGUUUCGGGGACGCCAUGGUAUCAGGACGUGAAGACGUGGGUAGGCGCAGCCAGCGUGGCGUGUCUCACUGUCUUUGGGGUAUUCGCUGCCAAGGAAGACGACGACCCUCGUCUGUGGGGGGUGUUUCUCGGCGUUGGCAUGUUGUUGAUUGGCGGAGAGUUCUUUUUGAUUGCCAGAGAGCACAAGCUUUUGUGCUGCAAACCAAGGGUGGACGCGGCGAGUGCUGUGUAGACCCCGUCUUGUCCGAACCAGGACUACGCGAGAUGUUGGCAGAGGCAGAGAGCUUUUGGAUUUUCGGUUUGCUCAGGGUACGGGGGGAGCUCUUGUGCCGUUGUGGGAGGAGUCGAGUUGCGUGUAAUGGCGUUUGGUAUGACCACUCAGAGGGUACUGUCAAACAAACGUCGCGCGUGCACCUGGUGGUUCAGAGACAGCUAGACACUUGCUGAUUUAGGGGGUACUCUCGGUUUGAGUUGUUGGUGAGGAGGCACUCCUGCAACCCCGCGAUGGAAGCGCCGAAACUUG